ACAGCGUUUGAUCUCUGGCUUUCUCACUCAAGUGGGCAUCCUUCUCCUUUAACUUUCUUAUCAUCGUCACAUCAAAACCUUGCACCCUUAAUUACAUGCAUGGAGAAGAGACGCCCACUAAAAGAUGAAACCUUUCUGCAACACCCUUUUAUCCUUGCUCUUGUCUUGGCUCUGGGAUUUGUUGUAAUGGACCCAUUUCAUUUGGGACCACUGGGAAAUCAUGAAUUCGUACCUGUGAAGCAUGACAUUGCACCUUAUCACCAAGUGAUGAAGAGUUGGCCAAGGGACAAUAUGAGCAGACUAGGGCUCCACGGGAAAUUGGAGUUCAAAGACCAAGUCUUCGGACCGGAGUCCUUGGAGUUUGAUCCUGUGGGUCGUGGCCCUUAUGCAGGAUUAGCUGAUGGACGCAUUGUGAGAUGGAUGGGGGAGCAAAUGGGUUGGGAAACAUUUGCAUUAGUUACAACCAAUUGGACGGAGAAGCUUUGCUAUAGGGGCAAUGACUCGACGACAGCCAAGCAAUGGAAGUAUGAGAAAACGUGCGGGCGUCCCUUGGGUUUAAGGUUUGACAAAGAGAGUGGGGACUUGUACAUUGCUGAUGCAUACUUUGGCCUUUUGGUGGUUGGACCUGAUGGAGGAAUUGCUACCCCUCUGGCAACCCAUGUUGAAGGAAAGCCCAUUCUCUUCGCCAAUGACCUUGACAUUCAUAAGAAUGGAUCCAUCUUUUUCACAGAUACCAGCAGAAGAUACAACAGAGUUGCGCAUUUCCUCAUAUUACUGGAAGGCGAGGCCACUGGUAGGCUUCUCAGAUACGAUCCUCCCACCAGAACGACCCAUGUUGUGUUAGAUGGGCUUGCUUUUCCUAAUGGAGUUCAAUUUUCUAAAGAUCAAUCCUCUCUUCUCUACACUGAAACUACCAAUUGCCGACUAAUGAAGUUUUGGCUACAAGGUCCAAAAAUGGGAACCGUGGAACAUGUAGCUAAUCUUCCGGGAUUUCCAGACAACGUAAGGAUAAAUGGAAAAGGACAAUUCUGGGUAGCAAUAGACUGUUGCCGCACUGCAGCACAAGAAGUGCUGACUCACAAUCCAUGGUUAAGGAAUAUUUACUUCAGGUUGCCGAUGAGAAUGAGCAUAUUGGCUAGAAUAAUGGGGAUGAGGAUGUACACUGUGAUUUCACUUUUUGAUGAGAAUGGACAGAUAUUGGAUGUUCUCGAAGAUAGAGGGGGGGAAGUAAUGAAGCUGGUGAGUGAAGUCAGAGAGACAGACGGGAAGCUUUGGAUCGGAACUGUGGCUCACAACCACAUUGCCACCCUCCCUUACCCAUAACUAUUCCUAGGCUUAGCUAUUUCACUAUGGUUCAUUUGUUCUAGCUUAUUCUCACAGUGUGAUUUA